CACGAACUUGCCCCGAAAACAACCGCGGAUAUUAUCGUUAUUGCUCUCCUCCGAUUGUGGGCCUGCCUGCGGCAGAGCAAUAAGGAAGAAAGUCCAUUUGCUGCCUUUGUUUGCAGCGUAAAAUCAAGUAAUCUAAUGUCGACGUUGAUGCCCCAGUUUCUGUGUCCUCGGCAAAGUUUGAUUUAACAAGCAAGAAUUAUGGCCCCCGGGGUCGGUGCGUUUGCGGACCCGCUGUACUUGAGCAACAUCCAGAGCCCGGAAAACCCCAUGCUAACGAUGCUCAUGGAGAACGUGAAAAACAACAUGCAGAAGGUGAAUUUAGCAGCGCUGGACGCGGAGAAGCAGGCAUUUCACGUGACCAACCUGCUCGGACUGGUAAAGUGGAAAACGGAUCUGCUGAAAAUACGCAUUGCAAAACUAUCCCGCUAGUGUAAAAUGCAACAGAGAUUUUUCAAAAGGAAAAGUGGAACUUUUCAUGCAGAAGCAAAUCAAAAUUCAGGAUCCGGUAUGGACACUGUACCUGUCAUGGAUUCUUGCUGCACUUUGUACGAGUUGUUCGAUGCUUUUGCACAGCAUAGAAAAAGGCGUACAGCGACACCAAUCCGAACAACGUGAAACAGGGUGGCGUCGGGGUAGCACUAGGCGUCGCAGUUUCAACGUUGAUGUUGGAGAAGGAAAAAGGCGUGAAGACAGCAGAUAAGGAGGAGGACAAUAAAAUUCUGCGCGAAGACGAGAAAAGGUCUGUUGACAAGAAUAAAAGCGGAAACAUGUCGCAUGAAUUGAGGUCGUCAACUUGUCAGGCAAGUCGAAUAUGCAAACUACUGCCAUUUGCGAUGGUGGUAGCAGAGCACGAAACAAGCAAGAAUCAUGAGUGUCAACUCGCUUUUGGAUACGAUGUUGCUGCUGGCAGAUGUACAAGGUCAAGGACGACCGCAAUGGAUUUUUUUUGAACCUCCAGUGAAUGACAAUGUUGAGAAGCAGCAC